AUGCCCCCUCCGACGCAACAAGAACUCGCGGCGGCGAUCGACCGCGGCGAGGGAAUUCUGCUCAAAGAAGCUGAGGUGCUGGAGCUGCAAAAGGCCGGCGACCUCCCCGACAUCAAACUCCAGCCCGGCUUCGGCGUCUAUCGAGUGACCAAGGAUAAGGUCGAGUACCUUCUGGUGAGUCUCCGUUGCGAAAAAAAAUUUAAAAAGUGGACACCACGAGAAAAAAAAUUAUCAAGUUUUGAAUUUUGGGCCCCUGGAGUCAAAAGGUUUCACGCUUUGAUUAUUGAAAAAUGAUAUAGAUUUCACGCUUAAUAAUUAUUAGAUUUUAACGGGACUUUUCUUGAGCAGGUUUAUUUUUUUUCGAAUAACUUGUAAAAAUACCGAGAAAAAUUGAGAAGUAUUUUUCUUGAAAAAAAUGAGUGAUUAAAUAAAAAUAAAUAAGUUGAAUUUAAGUUUCAGUUAAGUGUUACUUACAAUACUGCAACAUUUCAUAAUUCAAGAAGAUCUGGUUAAAAAAAAUGAAACAGAACGAUGAAACCAAAAGAAGGCGAUCUGAUGCAUCUGAGAGCGAUUUUUCGUAAUGAUUUUAUUAUUUAAUACUUUCAUAGUUUUCAGAGGAAGAUGAAAAGAUUGUUUCAGUGCAAAACUGCGACACAAAGAAAUUUCAAAAUAGUGACAUAUCCUAUUCCUAUUUACAGUUAACCGUUUUGCUGAAAUAAAUUCGACACAAUUUUUCUGGAAUAGGAAAUGGGAAAAAAGAAAUAAAAAUGAGCUUCCAUGUGAAACCUGCAGGUGACUAACAUCUUGUGCGACAAAUGCAAGCGACUACCCAACAAGAAAGUCAUGCGCUGCUCUCAGCACAAGAAAAAACGACCUGCGAAGAUCAAAAAGGCUCCCAAGGAGAAGGAGGGCGCCGACGACGGCAGCGACAGAGAGUUUGAAUCUUUGAGAAAAUCGAGAAUAAUUCUUGAUUUGAGCAAACUCAACGCCCUCCGACACGUCGAUGACGACGAAGAAGAUGACAUCGCCGACAAAAUCGAAAACGCCUUUACGCCCGACUUUGUUCUUACCAUUGUCAGUUUUCCUUUUAUAGAAAGCCGGACAAACAUUUUUCACAGCAAAAUUGGGGUUUUUCAAUUUAGAAGAGCUUGGUUGAAAGCUCUGAAAAGCUUCGCAUUUUGAGACAGAUCUUUUUUUUUUGUCUCUGAUAUUUCGAGAAAUAAUUUUUUUCCGCUCUGGAGUUUUUUCAGUGCAUGGAAAUAUUUUUAGCUGUUUUUUUAGUAAUUCUUUUAUGAAUACAGUCAAAAAAAACUUUCUUUUUUCCAACAAAAGACACUUGAAAAGACACUUUCUGAAGCAACGGAUUUCAUACUGGUAUCUUUAUUAGGGUCGAUCUGAAGGCUGAUUUUUUUGAAAAAGGACCCCUCUUUGCGUCAUAUCGAGAAUACCUUUAGUAGGAACACCUUGAUUUGACGUUUCAGGGAGCCGGUGGGGCGUUGGUUAUGGUUCCUAUCGACACGACCAACAACCAUAACGCUGGCCCUCGUGCUACUGGAAAAGACCACUUACGCGGCGUUUUGCUUAAAGGACCUUGCGGUGAAGAUAUCACAAAACAAACGUCAAUCUCCCAUCUUUUUCAGACUGCCCACAGUUCCUUCCCGAAGACAAGAUUCCCUCAGAUUUCAAAGUCAAGUUUGACGCCUCGGUCAAGGGCGAGCUGGUGUUGAACGCCCAGGGCAAGGAGAUCUUCGUCCCGGAAACGGCCGGCAGCGGCAAGAAGAUUGACGGAAAAGCCAUCCCGGUCUUCAUCUCGCCGGAGACACCGGCCGAGAAGAAAGUCCAGGAUAUUUUCGCCAAAUUCCCGGAUGGAUGUUUGUUUUAUGAGUUAUUUGGGGUGAAGUUAAAAAAUGAAGUUUGAAAGGUAACUUUUGAGUAACUUAUGGAGUACCGAGUUUUUUUUUUUGAUCAAUUCGUUUUUAGCUGAAUUGAGUUUCCUGAAACUUGAAGAAAAAAAAAUUGAAUGAAUACUGAGUAAAGUGCAAUUUCAUAAGUUUGGUUUAAAAUUAUGAUCGCUAAACUGCCGUUAUUUGAAAAAUAAAAAAAAAUGAUUUUUAAGGGAAAAAGCUCGGUUUUUAAAAGUUAUAAAGCAGUGCAAAGUUACCUGAAACAGAUUUUGAUAUUUUUAGCUCUGCCGGUUUUUCACGAGUUUCAUGAGAAUUUAUAAGCGAAGUCUCUUGAUUAUACUUCAAAGCGUCUUUCUGUCGGUUUAUCCAAAUUUUUUAAAUGCUUGAAUGCGGUGCCAGGUGCCGCCACAUAUGGAGAACGGAUUAAAGGUCCCAAAAUUUCAAAUUGAGGAUAAAUAUCUUGAAGAACUCAAAAUGGGCUCACUCUGACAAAUUUCCGUAACUUUUUUCGAUUUUUCCAGUGGGCCUGGCUGUGGUGGUGGCGAUUGGCGAGAGCGGCCUCCCUCUGAUGGUUCCCCUCAACGAAAAACCUCAGAACAGAAACACGCCCGUCGCGCUGCUUAUCAAAAUGGAGGGAAGAAUUCAUUUUGCCCAAAUCUUGGGUCACAGGAUUGGAGCUGGAGAAGGUUUUCAAUUUAAUUUUCGUCAACCUUUGUCUCACAAUCUUCUCUUCCAGGUGCUCCACUCAUAGAAAUGACGCCAGAAAAUAUGAACAAACUGAAGCCCGGCGACCAUAUCGCCGACAUUGUCGUCGACGAAACCUUAAAAAUUGUUGGCGUCAAGCCGGGAACCGCCGGAAAACGCAAAGUUCUUGGAAAGGCCAUCAUCGGGCAGGACAAUCGGAUUUUCUACGUCCCGAACGGAUCGACGCCCGACAUUGCCAAGAAACUGGAGCUGCUCGCCAAGGAAAACGCCGACGCUCUCCGUCAGGUGCAGAUCAAGGAGCUGGCCAAGGCGUCCGGCCAGGUGCCGCCACAGAUGGAGAAGGAGAUGAACGACAAGAUGAUCGCCGCCGCCGCCAGUGGCGCUCCCGACGGAGCCAUCACUCCCGACUACGUCAUGGUUGUGGUAUGUGAAUACCCAUGGUUGAAUGAAAAAUGCGGCGCUCCGUAGCGCAACAGGUUUUGUGCCUGUCUACGGUCCACAGGGUCACAAGUUCGAUCCCGGCAGUGACCUGAGAAAUUGGUUUAGAAAGUGUUGGUAGUGGAAAAAAAAAUCUAGCCGUCACACAGAUAUGUCACUAGACAUUACUGAUCAUAAUUUUUGGUUUUCAAUGAUUCAUUUGAAACUUCCUAAGUUUUUCCCUCUGCAAAUUUGCGAGUAUCUUUUACAAGGCAUUGGCAGUCAAAAAUGAGUGAAGCUUGGCAAAUUCUGAAAAGCUCAAAUCGAGUUUGGGAAGUGGAAGAUUUACUUUUGAACUUCUGGCUUCCUUUCGAAUGAAAAGAGCCAAUUUGUGAAUAUUUCCGCUAAAAAUGAGAUUUAGGUUGUUUUUAAGGUUGAGAUGGAUUCGUUGUCUAUAGCCACAGAAAAAUUUAAUUCAAUUAUUUUUCGAAAACUCAUUUUCAGGGCGCUGGCGGAGCUUGCGCGCUUGUCCCGAUCGAAACAACCAAAAACGACAAAGUCGGUCCUCAUGUCCAAGGUGUCGACCGCGUCCGAGGAGUCUUGGUCAAGGGCGACAAUGGUGAGGGAAAAAAAUAUAUUGUUACUUGGUGUGAGGGAACUCUUAGUCCUCCAUAAAACAGAAAAAGAAAAAUUUUCAAGAUAUGAAGCUUCAAAGCGCCUAACUUUUAUCAAAAAUUCAUCCGGCGACUAAUAAUCCUUGUGACAGAAAGGUUCGUCAAGGAUCUGAACAAUCUGAACAAAGUAAUCUGAAAAAAAUUUAAUUAAUUCAAUCCGAAUAGUAUAAUGACACCGUCAUACAAUUCCCGAUGGUUUUCGUUUUCCAGGCACUCCUCAGUUUAUAAUGGAGGAAAAGCUGCCGAAAAACUGGGAGAAGAAGUACGAUUGCUACGUGAAGGGCCAGCUGGUGACGAACGCCCAGGGCAAGGAGGUCUUCGUCCCGGAUCAGAUCGCCGGCGGCAAAGAAGUCAACGGAAAGGCUCUGAAUGGCGUCAUGGCCGUCCAGUGUACUGACAAGAAUAUGCAAAAACUCAUUGGCAACACCGAGGAAGGAAGUCUGAAGGAUCAUAAGGACUCUUUGAAAAUGCUAUUUGAUCUACAGUGGGCGUUCCCGUGGAGGCCGCUGUCGGAGAAAAUGGAAUGCCCGUGAUGAAAGUCGUGACGGAAAAGCCGAAGGACAAGUACGCCGCCAAUGGCGUCCUCAUCAAGAAGGGCGAAGAAGUUCACUUUGUCCAGGUCAUGGGCCAGAAGAUUGGCGGUCAGGAUGGUGAGUCUUGGUUUUGUUAAAAAGAAAGAAUAGUUGUCUGUUUAAAAAUUAUCUUUUUUGAAUAGACAUAUUGAACUAUGAAAAAAGUUCUAGGUUCUUAAUAAACCGCUUCUAAGUCUUAGUACAGAGAAAUUACAGUUUGAAGGAUCUUUUUUUCAAAAAUUUGGGAAUUUUGCAACUUGAUACUUUCAGAAUAUUUUUCUAGUGUUUUGACCAGUUUUUUUGAAGUUAUGACUGAAAUUGCCUUCCUAGGGAGGCGUAGAAAAUGAAUGUGCAGUUUUUUUUUUUUUGAAAAUGAUAGAGGUUUUAUUUAUUUAGAGACUUUUGAGUAACAAAGUGCAACGAGAGAAGGAAAAACGAGAGAAUAAAAUAUGUAAAAUCUAAAACAGUGAUAUGAUGUAAAUUUCAAAGUAUAAACGUUUCCUCUCAAAGCGAGUCUAUCAAAUUUUUAAAGACGUGGAAUGCUUGAGAGAAAAAAUUUAAUCAAAAAUCAAGAUUGCUAAUUUUUGCAAGCUCAAAAAAUGUAGGAUUGGACUCGCAAUGAAAAUUGAUUCAAGGAGAAUUUUAAAAAUAUCAAAUUUCAAUUUUUACUGGCCAAAAGCGUUUUUUUUUUCAUGUAUGUUGCGAGUUUCUCAUAAAAAUAUUCACUAGAUAAACAAAAAAUGAGAUUUUCUCUCCAACUAGCCGGAAAUUAAUGAAAAAGGGAAAAUUCGGAUUGUGGACUGCUAGUUUUUCUGACCCGAGACGAUAUUUUAACAGUUUCCUAUACUUUCAUUAUUUUCUUCACUCAAGUGGAAAACGACGAUUUUUCAGGCCAACUUGCGGAAUGCACGCCUGCCGAUCUGACCAAGAUGAAGACUGGAGACGUCCUUGGUGACGUGGUCGUCGACGAAGAAGGACGAAUGCAGGCGGUGAAGCAAGGCAUCGCCGGCGGCCGGAAAGUCAUUGGCCAGGCCGUCGUGGGCAACAACAAGGAGCUGGUGUUCGUGCCGGCCGGCAAGAACCAGGCCGAGGUGAUCAAGAAGACGGAGGCCAACCUCAAGGCCCACGCGAAGGCGAUGCGUCAGGAACAGCUCAAGACGAUGGCCCAGGGUACUGGAAAGACGCCCGACCAGGUCGACAAGGAGAUCAACAACGCUCUCCAGAACUCCGGCUUCAAUGCCAAUAACAUCGAAGGUUUUUUUGUCACUACAAUGUCUGACCUUUCUGUGCUCUCUUGAUCUCUCGGCGUUUACUUCUCUGACCUUGGUGAGAGAAGAGAGAGCGCAGACAAGUCAGACAUCAAGACACUGAAAAAUAGACAAAAUUUGCUUUUUUUUAAGCCAGUCAAUCUGGCUUCGUUAUGACCAGAGGCGGCGAUCAAGGAGCCGGUGCGGCUUCGGCUACGAGAGAACAAGCUUCGCUUUCGAAACAAGGCAAGUUGAAGGAAACACUAUUCUAAAAGACGGUGAAGCUUUCUAGAGCCUCACUCGGUAGCCAUUGGUGGCCAGGUCUAUGGUGGCCAGGUCUAUGGUGGCAGUGUGUUCGCCAGAGCACAGCCUAAAGCGAAAGCAGUCAUCAACAACACCGGAAUCCAACGCGGUCCGAGCGGCGAGGUCAAGUCGGCUUUCAUGACCAAGAACAACAACGAGGCUCAGAGCCAGUUCCUUCGCUGA